AGUUGUUCCAAGAUGAAGCAUCUAGUUUACGCAGUUCAACCAUGGCCUCUCUUUCUAACAACAAUCACCUUCAUGUUUACCUUAUUGCUUUUCUUCUUCAAGCUCUCCAAGAAGAAAGAUACAUCAAACUUGCCCCCCUCUCCACCGAAACUUCCUGUCAUAGGCAACCUCCACCAGCUAGGUUCGCUAGCUCAUCGCUCUUUGCAAGCUUUAUCAGAGAAGUAUGGGCCGAUAAUGCUCCUACAAUUAGGCAGUGUCCCCACUGUUGUAGUCUCUUCAGCAGAGAUGGCUUGCAAAAUCAUGAAAACGCACGAUUUAAUCUUCGCAAGUCGACCUCCUUUGAGCAUGACCAAAAGGCUCCUAUAUGAUAGCGAUGUGGCAUUUACGCCCUACGGCGAAUAUUGGAGGCAAGUGAGAAGGGUAUGCGUCGUUCACUUGUUGAGCCUUAAGAGGGUGCAAUCAUUUCGAUUAGUAAGGGAAGAAGAGGUGUCACUUUUGGUAGAGAAAAUACGUGAAUCUUGCAAUGGCGUAGUUAAUUUGAGUGAGAUGCUACUUAAUCUUACCAAUAACGUAAUAUGUAGAGUGGCUUUAAGAAGGAAAUAUUUUGGAGAGGAAGGAGAAGGGUAUAAUUUUAGUGAGAUGCUUAAAGAAUUUAUUUGUUUGUUGGGAUCAUUUCCUGUUGGGGAUUUCAUCCCUUGGCUUGGUUGGAUUGAUUUGUUGAGUGGGCUUGAUGCAAGAGUGACAAAGAAUUUUAGAGAAUUGGAUGGCUUUCUUGAAAGAGUAUUGGAUGACCAUCUUCAUGAUAAGGGUACUUCAAGCAAUGAUGAGGAGGAUAGGAGUUUUGUGGAGGUGUUGCUUUCGCUGGAUGAGAAGGAUGACAUGGCAGGCAUUUCCUUAAGCAGAGACAACUUGAAAGCCAUAAUUUUGGACAUGUUCUCAGCUGGGACAGACACGACAUAUACUGUAAUUGAAUGGGCGAUGGCAGAGCUCAUCAAGAAUCCAAAAGCAAUGAAGAGAGUACAAGAAGAGGUACGAGGAGUUACCGGAGGUAAACGAAAGAUCACAGAGGAAAACAUCGAUAGAAUGAAGUACUUAAAGGCAGUAAUUAAAGAAACUCUAAGGAUGCAUCCUCCUAUUCCUUUAUUGAUUCCUCGAGAAUCCAUGGAAGAUGUUGAAUUGCAAGGCUACCAUAUCCCCGCUGGAACUAGAGUCAUUAUGAAUGGUUGGGCAAUUGGUAGGGAUCCAAAAUCAUGGGAUAAGCCCAGAGAAUUUUAUCCUGAAAGAUUUGGCAGUUACGACGUUGAUUUUAAAGGACAAGACUUUAGGCUUAUACCGUUUGGUGCAGGAAGAAGAGGUUGCCCUGGAAUUGGAUUCGGGAUGGCUACAAUUGAACUCACCCUUGCUCAUCUCCUGAAUCACUUUGACUGGGGAUUUUCUGAUGGGAUGAAAGAGGAAGUUCUUGACAUGAGAGAGUCACCUGGUUUUGUAGCUCAUAAAGCAUCCAGUCUAGUUCUUAUCGCUAAACCGCGAUUCGCUUAGAUUCACCUGGGAAUCUUUAACCUCCUCAUUCGUCAAUUUCCCGUUUGUGGUCUUAUCGGCAAUACGCAAUACGUAGCGGAUGUUUAUUUCCUAUGGAUAUCACAUGUGUGUUCUCUUAAGGUGUGCACGUUCUUGACUAUGUCUGUAGUAUGAUAUAUACAUGCGGCGCGAAAUUUGUAUGUGAUGUGCUUGUAUUCA